AUGAACGGACAAGUUAUUCUCCUGGGACUGCUGUUCAUCAGUCUGGCUAUAGGUAACAUCAAUUAUUGCUUUGACAGGGUAGUUUCAUGUCCGUCAUUUUCAGAAGGUCGUUCCUGCAGAUUUAGUUGUGAGAUUUUUGUUUUGGUGCCAGAGAAUAAUAAUACACUCAAAAAUUGUGUAGUUUGCAUGUUGUCUUUUACUGUCUUAAUCUUAUUUUAUGAAAGGAGGUUAAGUUUGGCUUUUAUUGACACCGAUCACAGAAACAAAAAUGGGAAAAUCAGAAGUCACGAACUCUUUAAGAUGAAAAGUAAAGAUAGAAUUAUAUAACCAAAGCACUUGUGUGCAUGUUUCAACACAACAUGAUGUACUGACAAUUACUUCAUAACAUUUGUGGUACUAAUAUCUGUAUUUUUUUAGUAUUAUUUACAAAAGACAAGAGAUAUCAGUUGAAGACACAAUAUUGUAUUUCCUUUUCCCUUUAUUGUUAAGUGUUAUUUCAGCCUCAGGUUUUUAUAUGUUUAAGGAUUUUUUAUAUGCUCUGCUUUAUUAGGUGCACAGGGGAUGUGUGGAGAAGCCAGAGCAGUAGGUUUAAAUUCGAUUGUUUUUAAAACAUUUUCUUUACACCGAUGUCUGAUAAGAUGUCACAUCAAAUGUGUAUGUUGUUCUUAUUUGACAGCCUAAGUGUCGUAUGGUGGGGGGGAAGCCUUUUUGCCCUGAGGAAUUCGUUGCAGUUUGUGGCUCAGAUGGAGUGACAUACCAGAACGAGUGUGCUCUGUGUUUCAAAAACAAGUGAGUUAACACAGCAGCUCCGGCUCAUUACAGGGACAUCACUCAGUUUAGCUCCAGUGGAGCAUUUAAACUGCCUGUGCUGCCCCUCUGAUGGGGAUGGAUUUCAAUGUCACAACACUAAACUCUGACUGGCUGAUGGCAGCAGCUGAACUGUAACAUUUUUCCCCAUUUGAGUCCAUCAUUUGUUCAAUAGUCUUUUCAGGAAAUUCUCAGGUGGCCAUGAGCUAUUACUGAACAAUGAAAGGCAUAGCUCUGACAUUACACCAUCACACAAAAGGGGACAACUACUUUAAGAAAUCCUCACUGAUGGCUCUAUCACUGAACACAAAAACAAACAAAUAAGCAAAUCAACAAAAUAAUUUGCAGAAUUUACUGUGAUAUCAUUUUCCUUUCAGUAGAGACAACAGCGACGUUACAAUCAUACAUGACGGAGAGUGCAAAGUGCCUGCAGAUUGA